AUGCCAAAGUGUCCAAGUUGCAACAAGGAGGUUUACUUUGCGGAGAAGGUGUCAUCCCUGGGCAAAGAUUGGCACAGACCGUGUCUCAGAUGUGAAAAGUGCAAGAAGGUGCUGUCGUCGGGAUCACACGCCGAGCAUGAAGGCAAGCCGUACUGCCACAAGCCCUGCUACAGUGCACUUUUUGGACCACAAGGAUUUGGACGCGGUGGAACCGAGAGUCACACAUAUUAA